GUUUUGUUUUAGUUUGCUGCAUUGCAAAUUGUUCCACAUCUCCACCACACUGAAAUGCAGAGAGAUUGAACAGCAUCUGUAACAUCUGCGCACUGACUCAAGAGCUCCUGGAUCCUGAAUUCUCAUCGGUCAGAUUUCUUCCUGCCAAAUGUUUGUCGGUUGGCUCUGAUGCCAGUCUGUGGUGAGAGAUGGAGCAGAUCGUGAAGUCCCUCAUUUACCUCGCCUUUACAGUUCAACUGGCCUCAGCAGCCUCCCACUCUCUUCGCUACAUCUUCACUGCAGUCACACCGGGAAUUAACUUCCCAGAGUUCACUGUGGCGGGUCUGGUGGAUGGAGGGCAGUUUGUGUACUAUGACAGUAACAUCAAGAAGUUCAUCCCAAAGACAGACUGGAUCGAGAAGAACGAGGAUAAGGACUGCUGGGACGCAGAGACACAGGAUCAUCUGAGAGUUCAGGAGAUCUUCAAAGCUAAUCUGGCUACAGCAAUGAAGCGCUUCAAUCACACUGGAGGGGUUCACACAGUGCAAGCGACGUACGGCUGUGAGCUGAAUGAUGAUGGAACCAAGAGAGGAUACCACCAGGAAAGUUAUGAUGGAGAAGACUUCAUCAGUCUGGAUCUGACCACUGAAACCUGGACCGCAGCCAACGCUAAAGCUGUUAUUACCAAACAGAAGUGGGAUUCUAAUGUGGGUCGGACUAACAGCUGGAAGAACUACCUGGAGAAUGAAUGUAUCGAGUGGUUACAGAAGUAUGUGGAAUAUGGAAGAUCUACUCUGGAGAGGAAAGUCCGUCCUGAAGUGUUUCUGUUCCAGAAGAACUCUUCUUCUCCAGUGGUGUGUCAUGCUACAGGUUUCUUCCCCAAAGCAGUGAUGAUCUCCUGGCAGAAGAAUGGAGAGGAUCUGGAUGAGGAUGCGGAGCUCAGAGAGUUGCUACCCAACCAGGAUGGAACCUUCCAGAAGAGGAGCGUUCUGACUGUCUCACCUGAGGAGCUGAACAAACACAACUACACCUGCGUCAUUCAGCACAUCAGCCUUCAGGAGGAGAUGGUGCUACAGGUGAUUAAUCACAGAGUCCUGCCACGAGUUGGCGUCAUCGUUCACGCAGGCGUGGGUGUUCUCCUGCUUUUCAUGAUUGGCUGUGUUGGAGUUUUCAUUUGGAAGAAGAUGUGAGAGAACGUGUGAAGCUCAGAUCUAACCGUGUGUUUAACAGUAUCCAGCUAACAGUUUAAUUAAAUUCAAUUCAGGCAGAUUUUAAUAUGGACUCAAGUCAGGGACUCCAAUCAGUGAUUGAGACUCAAGUACGACUUCUUGAGUUCUGUCCUUUAGACCGAAACAUUUUCUGUAAUAAAAGACUUGUUAU